AUGUUCUCAUUCAAUCUCGAAAGCUCGCUCUCAGGCUCCGACCUGCCACUGCGGAUAACGCUUUGCCUUCUUCACUUCGUCUUUGGAUCCAUCUUCUUUGAUAUCAUACACUGGAUUGCCCACCGGUCCAACAGAUCUCGCUUCCGAAUACUACGACUACUUGCCAAGGCUCAUUCAAUCCACCAUCAAUACUUUGAUCGUAAUCUGAGAUUCAACGAGCGAUUCCGUCAUCGAAAUAUUGUCUGGCAUCUAUCACUUGAGGUGUCUUGUCAGAUGAUUGGGAGCACAAUGAGCUGGCUUCUCGGCCCUUUGUUCGUGCACAAGGCUUCACUUUCCCAGUUCCAUGACCUGAUCAUCAUACUCUCAGUCCAAGCUGGUAGAGCAGCCGUAGUGGCAUGGAACUCUGGGAACGAUUCAAAUCAUAUUCCUUACCCGCGGCUUCCGAAAGACCCUUCCACCUUCUUUGUUGGGCCUGAGUACCAUGCCCUCCACCACAUCGAACCUCUUGCCUACUUUGGGUCAAUGGUGCGCCUGCUCGACUGGUUCCUCGGUACCGGGGUCUCACUCAGGGGCCGGCGCGUAACGAUGACGGGGUCCAGGGGAGCCCUCGGCCAGGCCCUAACGAAGAAGCUUCACCUUCAAGGUGUUCGAUGCAUUCAUACCCCCAGAUUUGGAGUCGACUGGACGUACGGCGACUAUUCCUACUUUGAGUCUAUCCUUGCAAACACCGAUAUACUCAUUCUCGCCCAUGGAUCCAAGAACGACGACAAUGCCCACAAGGCAAAUUGCGAGUCCCAUGUUGCUAUCAUAGAACUGUUUAAGAAAUUUUGCGAGCGGCGAAAACUUGGAUUACUGCCAGAAGUUUGGUACAUUGGUAGCGAGGCCGAAUUUCAUGGGGCAUGGACGAAAGACAUGGAGGGCUACACACAAUCGAAACGCGCAUUCGUACCGCACGCCCAAAGAUACUAUGGAGACGAGUUCUUCAAUUAUCGACACAUAGUUCCGGCAGCGUUUACCUCGAGAAUGGGACGCGGCUUCAUGUCUGCUGAUUUGGCGGCCAAAGUGGCUCUGUGGUGGAUUUGUACAGGCGCACGUUACGUUCCAGUUACAUAUACCGGGUUCGCAUAUCUCAAUUUCUUCAGGUUCAGACUGGGAGGCCUCGCUAUUGGUUCGCCAAAGGGCACAUCUCGAGGAGCUUCAGAGAUAUUGCGCAUCAUUGAUGGAGGACGGGCCAAACUCUGGCCUUGA